CCUGCAGUCCCAGCUCCCUGUCUGUCCCCUCAGAUAGCAGCUCCUCCACCUGAGGCGGGACCCCUGGCCCGCUGGGAUGAGCCUGCGCCCCUGCAGCUGCGUCGCACGGCCAUCCUCCUGCUCCUGCCGCGCCAGCCACCUUCCCGUGACAGCCACCGGCCACCUCGGCCCCGCGCAGCGUUGUAAAGAAAGUUGCAUCUUACCUGUCCAAAUGAAGUGUGAUUUUAAUUGCCACCAUGUUCAUUCUGAACUAAAACUGGUAAAAACCGGCAACAACGCUGGACGACAAGGUCCCUGCCCUUCUGCAUUUCCGCAAGGGUCGUGCAAAGACUGUGCUAAACAGUAUGACAGGCUCUCCUACGGCGGCUCUCCAGUGGCGAGCCCCAGGACUGCAGCGUUUGAAACAAAAAGCAAACCCUUGCACAACAAGGAAAACCAGCAUGUACAACAGACACUUAAUAGCUCCAGUGACACAGAGGAACUGGAAAGCAGCCGGCUCUAUGAGGACAGUGGCUAUUCGUCCUUCACUCAGCACAGCGGACUCGGUGAACACGAAGAGGGAAGCCUUCCUCUGGAGGAAGAUUUCCGGAACCGGUCACAGUCCUGCCUGAUCCAGGUGCAAAGCCCGGACCAGUUCCCCGACAAAAACUUGUUGCCUGUUCUUCAUUUUGAAAAAGUGGUUUGCUCUACAUUAAAGAAGAAUGCCAAACGAAAUCCUACAAUAGAUCGAGAGAUGCUGAAGGAAAUUAUAUCCAGUGGAAAUUUUAGACUUCAGAAUUUAAUUGGCAGGAAAAUGGGCCUGGAGUGUGUUGACAUUCUCAGUGAACUCUUCCUAAGGGGACUCAGACAUCUCUUAGCAGAUAUUCUGACGCAGCUCAGUGGCAUGGACUUAAUCAAUGUAUCUAAAGUAAGCACAACUUGGAAGAAGAUUCUAGAAGAUGAUAAAGAGGCAUUCCAAUUGUACAGUGAAGCAACACGAAGAGUUACUGAAAACAGCAUCAAGUUUUCACCACACGCUUCUACCAGAGAGUAUGUCGUGUUCAGAACUGCAUUGGCUUCCGUUCAGAAAUCAGCAGUCCAGAAUCCUCCCAGGAACGAGGCCCAGACCAGUCAGAAGGGCUCUGCUUACAGCCGACACAGUGAAUUCUCUGAGGUUGCCAGGACCUUGAAAAAGAAUGAAAGCCUCAAAGCCUGUAUUCGCUGCAGUUCACCUGCAAAAUAUGAUUGCUAUUUGCAGCGGGCCACAUGCAAGCGGGAAGGCUGUGGGUUUGAUUACUGCACACGGUGCCUGUGUGAUUAUCAUAGCACCACCGACUGCUCAAGUGGCAGACUCCUGAGAGCCAGCUGCAGAAUGGGCGCUCUGCCUGGGACUAAAAAAAGCAAGAAGAGUUUACGAAGGUUGUGAUGUUUUACAAAAGCAACCAGACGACUAGAUUUUAACUAAAAAAGGAACAAUUGUGUUGUAAUUCUCAUUUUUAUGUUGAGGUCAGUGCAGUAUGCAGGGAUUUCUUCCCGGUGAAGAGAGAAGGUGUAACCUUUUAAAACAUUUUACGAUUUAAUGUGAAAGGCUUUAAAAUUCUCAGUUCAGAUCAGAAGAUUAAAUACUUUUAAGAAGCGCAAGAGUUAUCUGAUAUUUGUGAUUCAGAGAAUAAAAUUGAAUGGAUUGUAUUGUGGUACAUAAAGGGCAUGACAUUUUACCUGGACAGUUAAAUGUGAGUCUGAUUUACCAUCCACUAGCAUUUGAGACAAAUUUAUUUUGAUUUACCAAUUGAAGUAUCAGUUUAUAGCGUCAGUUUAAAUGUUGUAUCAUCUUUCUUAAACCUUUUUAUCCAUGUAAAUAUUUCAACACUCUUUGUAAAAUCUUUGCAUUUUCCCUUUUUCUAAACUGUUUUAAUAUUUUUGUGUAUGUGUAAA